AUCGCACUACCGCAUAGCAAACAGACCGCCUAGCAACGUAAAACCCCAGUUUCAUCUACUAGAUUACGCACCUUAGCAAAACAUUCCCGCAACAGAUCAGGUUAAGUUUAGAGAACCUUACUGGGUCCGGUUAUCCCCACCUCUAGCCUCUAUAAAAAAAAUAAAAUAAAAAAAAGAUGGGAAAUAUCUGCGGCAAGUCGGAAAGUGACAACUUCUCUCAGCCCGGCCGUGUCCUCGGUUCCGCCCCGCCUCAACCAGAACGCUCGUCCGUCCCGGCUUCGGUCGGCGGUCCGCCUCGGACGUUGGGCGGAAACUCUCAAAAGCCACAAGACAAUAGCAACGCGGAGGAGGCUCGGAAACGAGCUGCCGAAGCUGCAGAGGCAAGGGCAAAUGCUACGGCCUCCAAGUCUACGGGAAAGUUGGGCACGCAGUUGGCAGCACAGAAGAAGCAGACACGCAAUGAUACGCUCCAGGAGCUUAGUAACAAUGAGAUAAGGCAACGGGACGCCGACGAGGCAGCGAACGCGAGAACUCAUAACUAAGUUAGGUGGUAGCUACAUAAUAAGUAAGGCGCGAACAUAUUGAUCCAUUUUAAUUCAAAGCAUUACUUAGCGACUCUUCAUUCGAUUUGAACUGUGUAUGUCUGUCUGCCUUGUUCCUCAA